GUCAUACCUCCUUCGCGUGACCUCAGCUCAAUCCGGCUUCAACCGCUGCCGGAAGCGCUUACCUAUACAUACAAAAAACUGUAUCUAUUAAUCGCAACCCUUCUCUGGUCCACCAUUCGUCUUCUCAGCCCUAAUCUCUCUCUAUCUUUCUCUGAAUCAAUCCCUAAGCCCUAACCCUUCCCCCAAUUCGCAUUUCCAAUUUGGUUCCUGUGAUGGAUUCACAGGUCAACAAUCUCUACGACACUGCGUCGCAGCCGGACACCGGCAACGACGCCUACACGUUCCUUGAGUUCAAUACUCCGGGCGAGGACUUUGAUUACCCGGAGUUUCAAGAGCUUUCGCAGCCUAUUCGAGCCUCGGCGUGGCCCACGCCCUCCGAUUCCUUGGUCUCCGAAUCUCCCGACAGGCCUCGCUCCUCGGAUGCCUCUCCCUCAGCCAAAUCCCGCGGCGGCGGAGGAGGAGGGAAUGGCGCCAGUGGAAGUGGUAAUAGUAAUAGUCUUAGUAGUAACCAUGCUGCUGCUACGGUCGACGCCUUGGUCGCCGGGAUGAGCGGGUUGAAUUUCGAGGAGACUGGGGAUGAUGAGGGUUUUGAAUAUGGAAAAGGGAAUUUUUCCGUGGAGCAUGCUUGUAGGUACUGUGGUGUUACGAAUCCAGCUUGUGUUGUGAGGUGCAAUGUCCCGUCGUGUCGCAAGUGGUUCUGCAAUUCUAGGGGAAACACUUCCGGCUCGCAUAUUGUCAAUCACCUGGUCCGAGCAAAGCACAAAGAGGUGUGUCUUCAUAAAGAUAGUCCACUGGGAGAGACAAUUCUUGAGUGUUAUAAUUGUGGUUGCCGAAAUGUGUUUCUUCUAGGGUUCAUCUCUGCCAAGACAGAGAGUGUUGUUGUUCUCCUUUGCAGGGAACCUUGCUUGAAUGUUAAUGCAUUGAAAGAUAUGAAUUGGGAUCUUAGUCAGUGGUGUCCUCUGAUUGAUGACAGAUGCUUUUUGCAGUGGCUUGUCAAGGUCCCAUCUGAACAGGAACAGUUGAGAGCACGCCAGAUCAGUGCUCAGCAAAUAAACAAGGUUGAAGAACUGUGGAAGACAAACCCUGAUGCUACCCUUGAAGAUCUUGAGAAGCCUGGAGUGGAUGAUGAACCUCAGUCUGUUCUCUUGAAGUAUGAGGAUGCAUAUCAGUACCAAAAUAUCUUUGCGCCUCUGAUCAAGCUUGAAGCUGACUAUGAUAAGAUGAUGAAAGAGUCGCAAAGUAAAGACAACGUCACUGUUCGCUGGGACAUUGGUCUCAACAAGAAACGUAUUGCAUAUUUUGUUUUCCCAAAGGAAGAUAAUGAGUUGCGACUGGUACCUGGUGAUGAGUUGCGGUUGCGUUAUUCAGGAGAUGCAGCUCAUCCAGCUUGGCAAUCAGUAGGGCAUGUGAUAAAGUUAACUGCACUAGAGGAGGUUGCUCUUGAACUUCGUGCUAGUCAGGGUGCUCCAGCUGAUGUUUGUCAUGGAUUUAGUGUUGACUUUGUUUGGAAGAGUACCAGCUUUGAUCGGAUGCAAGGUGCAAUGAAAACGUUUGCUGUCGAUGAGACAAGUGUCAGUGGGUAUAUUUAUCAUCACUUGUUAGGCCAUGAAGUUGAGAUGCAGAUGGUACGCAAUGCACUGCCUCGUCGUUUUGGUGCACCUGGUCUUCCAGAGCUCAAUGCAUCUCAAGUUUUUGCUGUAAAAAGUGUGCUUCAAAAGCCCAUAAGUCUGAUUCAAGGUCCACCUGGCACAGGAAAGACUGUCACUUCGGCUGCUAUUGUGUAUCACAUGGCCAAACAAGGCCAGGGGCAGGUUUUAGUCUGUGCGCCCAGUAAUGUGGCUGUGGAUCAACUUGCUGAGAAAAUAAGUGCUACUGGUCUAAAGGUUGUAAGGCUCUGUGCCAAGUCACGUGAAGCUGUCAAUUCUCCUGUUGAGCAUUUAACUCUCCACUAUCAGGUUCGCCAUCUUGAUACGUCAGAAAAAAGUGAGCUUCACAAGCUACAACUGCUCAAAGAUGAACAAGGAGAACUAUCAAGCAGUGAUGAAAAGAAAUAUAAAGCUUUGAAACGGGCAACUGAGAGAGAGAUAGCUCAAAGUGCAGAUGUCAUUUGUUGCACCUGUGUUGGUGCUGGAGAUCCUAGAGUGGCAAAUUUUAGAUUCCGUCAGGUGCUCAUUGAUGAAUCCACACAAUCAACUGAGCCCGAAUGCCUUAUUCCUUUGGUUCUUGGAGCAAAGCAGGUUGUUCUUGUUGGUGACCACUGUCAGCUUGGUCCUGUCAUUAUGUGCAAGAAAGCUGCUCGAGCAGGGCUUGCUCAGUCACUCUUCGAGCGCCUUGUGUUACUUGGUGUCAAGCCAAUUAGGCUGCAGGUACAAUAUAGAAUGCAUCCUGCUCUUUCUGAGUUCCCAUCAAAUAACUUUUAUGAAGGUACUCUUCAAAAUGGGGUAACUGUCAAUGAAAGACAAUCAUCAGGCAUUGAUUUUCCUUGGCCUGUGCCAAACCGUCCUAUGUUCUUCUAUGUUCAGAUGGGACAAGAGGAGAUCAGUGCUAGUGGUACUUCCUAUUUAAAUAGAACUGAGGCUGCAAAUGUUGAGAAGAUUGUCACUACAUUUUUGAAGAGUGGUGUGGUUCCUAAUCAGAUUGGAGUGAUUACACCAUAUGAGGGUCAACGGGCAUACAUUGUGAAUUAUAUGUCAAGAAAUGGUUCUUUAAGGCAACAACUUUAUAAGGAAAUUGAGGUUGCAAGUGUUGAUUCAUUUCAAGGAAGGGAAAAAGAUUUCAUCAUUCUAUCUUGUGUUAGGAGUAAUGAACAUCAGGGCAUUGGUUUCUUAAAUGAUCCACGCAGGCUUAAUGUGGCUCUUACUCGUGCUCGUUAUGGUAUUGUAAUCUUGGGAAAUCCUAAAGUUUUGAGUAGACAGCCCUUGUGGAAUAGCUUGCUGACACACUUCAAGGAGCAUGAGUGCUUGGUGGAAGGUCCCCUCAACAACUUAAAGCAAAGCAUGGUUCAAUUUCAAAAGCCCAAAAAGGUUUACAAUGACCGGAGGGUUUUCUUUAGUGGGGGACCUGGAAACCCCAGUGAUACUUUUGGAUCUCCUGCCUCUUCAAGUUCCAAUGGUGACAAGAGAAAUAGCCGUUCUAGAGGAUAUAUUGCACCUGGCACGUCCAAUGGGACUCAUAAACCUGGUGUCCACCCUGCUUAUCCGAUGCCCCGAGCUCCUGUCCCACCUUAUCAUGGAGGCCCUAUGCAGCCAUAUGCUAUACCCACUCGUGGUGCUGUGCAUGGACCUGUUGGAACUGUUCCUCAUGUUCCACAGUCUGGUAGCCGUGGUUUUGGUGCUGGGCGUGGAAAUUCAAACACUCCAAUUGGUAGUCAUCUUCCCCACCAGCAAGGCUCUCAGCAACCAAUUGGAAGUCUUGGUUCUAACUUCAACUUUCCAGCAUUGGACAAUCCAAACAUUCAACCUUCUGCUGCAGGACCUUUAACUCAACCUGGAUAUGUUUCUAAUAUGGCAGUUCAGGGACCAAGCCAGACAUUUCGGGAUGGUUUUUCUAUGGGUGGCAUGUCACAGGAUUUCUUGGGUGAUGAUUUCAAGAGCCAGGGAUCACAUGUUCCCUAUAGUGCUUCUGAUUUUUCCACACAGGCUUCACAAAGUGGAUUUGGUGUUGACUAUGCAACUCAAGGGCCACACUCUGGAUUGCCUGGAAGCUUUGUGAACCAGAAUGCUCAAACUGGAUACUCUCACUUUAAUUCUGCAAGUGAAUAUAUGUCUCAGGAUUAUAUGGCUCAUGGAACCCAAGGUCUGUUUACACAAGCUGGAUACAAUGAGCCAUCGCAAGAUGACGCUUCACAGAAGCAUUUUGGCAUGCCCAACUCCACUCCUCUUCAAUCUCAGAGUUUGCUAAAUCCACUUUACUCCCAGCCAUUCGCCCACUACAACACACCUAUAAACAUGCAAAAUUCUCAGCCUCAACCCUCUCGGGGUCCAGGUUCACAGAACCAGAACCUUCAUUACCAUGGUUGAAGGAGCAGAAUCUUGUCGAUCUGAUGGGUUAUAGUUUUGUGUCCAGCAACUCGGUUUGUGUUGUCAAGUGUGACGGUGUUACCUGCCCUACGAUGCGGUGCUGUGUUUGCCAAUAAUUCAGGUCGGUUGAUGCAGUUGGCACAACCCUUGAAACACGGAGGAGAAUUUUAGAACAAGGCCCUGUCUGGUCUGGUCUGGUCUGGUCUGGUCAGGUCAUGGGAACACGGCAGCACAUCCAGUGCUGAAUAGAAGGAAAACCAACCCAUAUUAUCUUCUUCAAGUUUUGUACUAGUGAAAGAGAAGGUAAAUCGUUAUAUUGGAGAUCACAUUACAUGGUGAGGUAUUGUUGGAAUGGUGGGUUAUAUAUAUUAUAUAUAGGAACCGGAAGCUAGUUUAGCGCCUUAUGAAAGAAUUACUCCACUGCACACGAGUGAGCUGCUACUGCCGCUGCCGCCAGUCUACCACUGCAUUUUUUUAGUACAGCAUGCCGGGAUAGUCGGCCUAACCUUCUCUCCCGACGUGUAAAAUGUAUUCUGCGUACAGUAUAGCUUGGAUGACGAUGAUAUGUAUGGUGUGAUUUUCAAAACAGGCUUGCAGGUAUUUAAAUGUUAGGUUAGGUUCGGGUGCUCGAUGUAUAUGGCAUGCACUUGAAUCCAUUUUCAUUGUGGAUAGCUCUAUGACAUUGUUGGUGGUAUUGUUGAAUGGAAAGUUUAGUUAAUAUACGUUGAAUGAGUUUAGAA